AUGGCGGGUGUCAACCAUGCGCCGCUCUCUAUGCCGGCCGAUGGCAUGCAGGGUCGCAAACGGAAUGUCACCAUUGCGGGAAUGGACAGCUCCCCGGGGAGUAUUGACGAUGCGGAGGAUAACGAUCGAGAUGAUAAGAGGCGACAGCCAGUAAAGCGGGCUUGCAAUGAAUGUCGACAGCAGAAGCUUCGAUGCGAUGUUAGCCAAGACCCUUGGAGCGAUUGUUCUCGGUGCCGUCGAUUGAAACUCGAUUGCAAAAUCGAAUCCAGUUUCAAGCGUGUUGGGAAGCGCAGCCGCAAUGCUGAGAUGGAACGAGAGAUCAUCGAAUUGAGGAAACAAAUCGCCGGCGCUAAUUCUGGCGCAGUCAGGCACCAGCAACAGCCUAUUCAGGCGGGUCAGUUGACGCCGAAGCAGGAAUCCAAUCAGGUCAGCCCGGCCGGUGUCUACCAGACCCAGACUCCGUCAGCCAUAUCUACAGACCAAUAUAUGGGCUCGCAGGAAGCGGUAGCAUCGCUAUUGGAUCUUCGCUCCGGAUACGAUGGCUCCAACUAUAUGAGAAACGGAAACCAGCAGUUCAAACGGAUCGAAGAUGUCAUGGUAGUCCCGGAGAAAGUGACAGAGCUCUUCAAUCUGUUCUUCACAUACUACCAUCCGUUCCUCCCAUUUUUGGACCGGCAGCAGUCGCCCGAUGAGUAUUACAACAACUCGCCUUUGCUUUUUUGGACGAUGAUCAGCGUUGGUGCCAGGCGCUACCAGGGCGAUUCGGGUCUGCUGAACUCUCUGUCGGGGCCAGUCACCCGGCUCGUGUGGAGUACUUUGGCGGAUAUACCGCAAAGUUACCAUGUCGUCAAAGCGCUUUGCCUGCUCUGUUCAUGGCCCUUUCCCACCAGUAGCACCUCGACCGACCCAACCUUCAUGCUCUGCGGAAUGAUGGUUCAGGUGGCCAUGCAACUUGGUCUUCAUCGCCCAUCCCAUAGUCAGGAUUUCAGUAAGUUCCGAGUGGAACUUAUCGAAGAGGAAUUGAAAGACAAAGUGCGAACUUGGGCCGUUUGCAACAUUGUGGCACAACGAGUUUCCACGGGUUAUGGCCAGCCUCCUUCUACACUUUAUGACUGGACAUUGUCAUCGAGCGACUCAUUAGACCCAAACUUCAAGUUGUCUAGUGACAUGAAGUCUCGAUUGGAGAUCGAGAAGUUCUGCGACAGGAUCACUCGAGCUCUCUACACCAAUCGACGAGACCCUGUCGGUUUGACAAGUGAUCAAGAACGCAACACGAUGCUUUCGUUUCUUUCGCGUGAUUAUGACGAGCUCGAGGAGCAGUUCAAACCACAGAACGAUUGCAUUACGGAUCUGUAUCUCCGCGCUGCAAACCUCCAUCUGCAUUUGUCGGCUUUCUUUGAUGACCCUUCUGCAAAGGACUACCGUGAACGACUGCUUUCCUUAUACGUUGCUACAACUUCAUUCCUCGAGGUCGCCAUGAAUCUCGAGACGGAAGUCGGCCCCGUCCUCUCAUAUACCCCUUACUACAUCUACCAGAUGAUGGUUGCAGCAGGCUGUACCCUUCUUAAGAUGAGCAAAAGUUUCUUCGCUGCUCACAUUGACAUGGAAUAUACCAAAACUCUGUUCAACCGCACUAUCUGGGCCAUUCGUGGCGUAUCCGCUUCCAACAACGACCUCCCCGAACGUCUAGCAGAAGUGCUCGCACAGAUGUGGCGUCUCGGAGCCCAACGCUCAGCAACAAGCAAUUCCGAUGUCGACGACUCUUUACGACUAAAAGUCCGCUGCCGCAUGAGCAUGUCUCUCCUCUUCGACUCAGUAUGGCGCUGGCGAGAGGAUGCCCGGACAAAAGGAAGAAACAUUGAAGCCUACCUUAAGAACCCGACCAACCCGGACUCUGCGGCCGAUUCAUCAGCCGCUUCAUCUGUGGGUCCUCCACGCACCUCAUCAUCUACGCCCGGUCUUGCCGGCGGGGACCCCAGUCUCGCCCCAGCGCCAAUCCUCUCCCAAGCUGCUAUCGGUGUCCAACCAAACAACGGCGUCGGAGGACUACCCAGCGGGUUUAUGGAGCCCAACUACGAAGUCUUUGAUCCUUUGAACUGGCUUCUUGACGGUCUCGUCGACCUCCCAUAUUCAUAUUCGACUAUGGGAGGAAUGGAAACGUCAGGCAUUGCAUAG